AUGCACGUCUGUCUGACUCUCAUCCAGCCGGCCAUGACGCCCAUCACCCCGCUGGAACCCAGCGAGAUGUUCGAGCGCGGCAAAUCGCAAUCGCUCUUCAUCGGCCCCGUCUCUGCGCGGACCUCGCUGGAGCGACCAGUCUCCCACAUCAGCGAAACAUACACCGACAUUGAAGACGAUUCGAGUGAUUUCGAGGAGUAUAGCCUCCGCUCUUCUAACGACAACCGCAAGAGCCAGACCACAAUCUCCACAUUCGAAGAGGUACAAACACCAAGAGACGAAAUUCGGCCCCAGUUCGCGGAAUGGUACCUUCCCAAGUCCGUAGAGGGUCCAAGAGGCCCUCAUCUGUUUCGAUCUUCCCAGUCCUCGGGCGAUUUUGAUUUCGCUCUGCAGCUGUCCCCUCUGUUUCCCAAAGAGCCUCCUUCUCGCAUCCAGACCUCCUUCCGAGAAGCGACUCCGGAGACGGUCGUCCCAAGAAGAGAGUACAACAAUAUCGCCUCGGCUGUUGCUCACCUUGAUGGCGCAGAAGUACGUGCGUGGACUUCUCAAGAAGUCGCGACUUGGAUGUACCAGAAUGGUUUUGAAGACGAUAUCAUCGACCGGUUCGAGGCUCAUGACAUCACGGGAGCAGUCUUACUCGACCUACAGUUCGAUGAUCUGAAGGAGCUCGAGAUCCAAUCUUUUGGUAAACGCCACGAGUUGUGGAAUCAAAUCGAUUCGCUGCGGACAUCCGAGGGGCUUAUUUCACCCGUGGCUGCAGUACCGACUCCCUUCGAAGACACUGAGCGACCCUGCACAGGAGCAAGGCAGAGAUCAAAGAGCAAGAACAGGGAGCGACGCCAUCGCGACAAGUCUCGGGGUGUCGAAUGCGACGGCGAGGAUGCGAAGACGCCCAUUACCCCAGGAGGUGGCCGCAGACGAAGGGGUCGACGACACCGCAACGCCGGUGACGACAUCAUCACACCAGCUGAGUCCGUUUCCAUUGUGGCCAUUGAGCAGCUACUGCCAAAGCCUCAUAAAUGCGCCAAGGGCGAGCGGUGUGCCAAAUGGAGGAAACAGCAGAGACAACUUGCGAGACUCCAGGAAGAGCACGGCUUCCCAAUCUCACCUGAGAACGGAGGGCACAUAUUCAUUGCUGGAGAUCCCGGCAAUGCAGAUACUGCAGCUCGGGCAGUUGACGAUGUCUACCGUCCGACUUCAGAUGCCAUUCCGUCUGUUGUAGCAUCUUCCGAUCUGCUUGGACCCGGCCAGCUGCCCGAGUUCGACUUGAAGGAAGAUGCACUGCGGGAGCUAACGUCGCGCGAUCCGCAAGACAACGUACGUCAGUUCCUUACCCUGCAAGGUGUUCAACAGCCAUACGCCACAGCCACGCCUAUCGAGGCUCCUCCGACACCACCGGUGGACAUGUUCCCCCCUCGCCCGUCAACCGUACAACCUUAUCACUAUUACCAGCAUCGUUCAGCUUUCUCAGCAUCUACAUCAGCACAUACGUCUACUUCGUUCGACCUUCCCAAUCCCGCCCUCCAUCCUCCAGAAUUCACCCCUGGCCCCCACUUCAAUCUGAAGACCCUCCCUAAGCUCAGCAUUCCGCCUCCUCGCUCCAUGUCUGCGGGGCCUCAAUGUAACGCUCCUCGUAGCGCUGUUCAUGCUAGUCCCCAGGUAGCACCAGAUACCGCUUUCUCGCCAUGCAGGACAGCAUCCCCAGGUGGCGUCUACCGAUUUGGCACGCCUUUCUCCGAGAUGGAUGCUCCAGUGACAGCGGUUCCAGCAGGGCCUGUUUCACGUGAUACAAGCCAAUCGGUGCCACCCAACAUGCAGUACAGGGACCCGGUGCAGCGAGCCGGGUCACGAGUCGACUGGCGCCGGCCCUCAUUGCCUCUCCCGGCGCUCAACGAAGACCAAGUGUUCAGCCCAACAGGUCCGCCCGACGGGGACUCUGACACCUUGAAUGAGACGCAGUUCUCCGGUGAAGACAGCCCAGCGUAUGAUCCCGCUUUGACCGCGAAAGGCCCUUUCAAGGGAGGGUUCGUCUACAACGGCGUGAAUCACUAUGGCUGGAUGAAGAAGCGGCGCACCAAGUUGCUCCGCCAUGAGUGGCAGGACCACCAUUUUCGUCUGCAGGGCACAACGCUUGCCAUGCAUGCGAACGAGCUCCCCUCGUCGUCCGCACUGCAGACAAUCGACGUGGACGACUACGCUGUCGCUUGCUCGUCGCUUGCGUCGAACAAGCUUUCUGCCAAACUCCGUGCGUUGAAGCUCACCUCUGGGCACAAGGACAAGAAUGGCGCUCCCGCUGCCUUCGAAUUCCAGCUCGUGCCCACGGCGCCCGGCAUGGGCGAGAUCAGAAAGGUGCUGCCCAGUGGCAAAGUACACCAUUUUGCCGUCACGUCGCGCGACGGCCGCAUUGACUGGAUGCGCGAGCUCAUGCUGGCGAAAGCGCUAAAGGCCAAAAGUGACGGCUACGCUGUCGUUAUCAACGGUGCUGCUGUCUAG